AUGAAGCUUGAGAUUGGAGAUAUCGAUGAGAUAAUGGAGCAAAUAUCUCGGUUGGCUCCACCGUCGCAAAAAGAAGAUCAUAAGUUUCUUAAUUUGCUCAGGAAAGCCAUAGAGAAGAAUGUUGUUGUGAAGCCUGGACCAAACAUUGAAAAACUGGCUGAGAAGAACGACCAGAAAGACUUCAAGGUACUUUCUCUUGCGUUGAUGAGAAAGGACUUGCCAAUAAAAGCACAGGAGGUGUUUGAAGAUCAUAUUAAGCAGACAAAAGAGAAGAUAGAGGGUUUAGGGAUGCGCGAGGCUGUACAGGAAAGAAGAGCUUCCUAUAAGAAACGCGUCGAAAGAUGCAAUAUUCCAGAGGAAAUAGCUAAGAUUCAGGAGUCAGUUCCAAGUAUUCAGGAAAAGAUAAGAAAAGCACAAAGCUUAAUCGAGGAGAUGUCUAGAAAAUCUUUGGGAAAGAAUCUGAAACCGCUUGAGUAUGCAGAGAAUUUCUUUAGACUUAUAUAA